CAUGACAAAACAAGUAAAAACAAAGGAUCAUCUAGUUUGGCUUGAUAGGACAAGUUCUUCAGAGCUAUUAGGCAUUAGGGAACUGGGAGAGUCCAGCGCCCUCCGAGCCAGGAAAGGAGAUUUCUUUGCCGUCUCUGAGAUUGUAGAUGCUGUAUCCCAGCGGACUGAACAAACAUGAUGCAGAGGAAGCUGGCGCUGCUGGUUGGCAUCGGAGCCUUGACCGUCCUCCUGAUGCUGAGGUGGGAGCACGUGAUGACCUUAGUGAACCUCAUGAGCAGCAAACGACCUUCAGCUGAGCCUGAACUGCCCAAAGACACCAUCACCCCCAUCCCAGGCUCCAGGCACCUCAUGGUGUCUGCCUUUAAGGACCACAGACUGGGCGGGGCCAUCAGGGUGAUCAGCAUCAUCUGCAGGCAGGAGCUGCAGCCGCUCUACUGUGUCCUAUGUGCUAACGCUAACGCUGAUGUUGAUGCUAAGGAUGAUGGGGUGAUGGGUCAGUGCGCAUCUUUCCAAGCAAAAGUUCACCUGCACAGCGAUGACUUCGGCUUUCCUUUUGUGACUUCAGACGUGUUUUGCAUGAGUCUAAUGUUACAGCAAGCCACACAUGUCAGCAUAACAGCUAACCCAUACGUCAUCCACAAUUUGACAUUUUUAUCAAUCCAAAACCAGGAGGUCAAGGAAUCGUUUAGGUACAGCUUUACUGUAUGCAUAUCUAACCUUUUUGGGGAGUACAAUAAUGCCCUCCAAUUUGCACAAACCAUGGAGGUGUACAAGCUUUUAGGGGUUCAGAGGGUUGUCAUCUACAACACCAGCUGUGGACCAGACGUUGAGAAAAUUCUCAAGUACUACAGGAAAGAGGGCAUGCUGGAGGUUGUGCCUUGGCCAAUAGACAAGUUCCUAACGCCAUCUACUGGGUGGAAGUAUGACUUACACCAUGGGGACAUUCAUUAUUAUGGACAGCUGACCACUCUGAACGAAUGCAUGUACAGAUACAUGUACCAGUCAAAGUACCUCCUGCUGAAUGACAUUGAUGAGAUCAUUAUGCCUUACAAGCAUGCCAACCUGGAGAAGUUAAUGGGCACUUUACAGGAGCAGCAUCCCAACGCAGGGGUCUUCAAGAUCAAGAACCACAUCUUCCCCAAAACGCAGUUUGAUGACAGCGGCCGAUUUCGUCUGGCUCGGUGGAGGAGUGUGCCUGGUGUGAACAUCCUGGAGCAUGUCUACCGAGAGCCUGACAGGAAGCACGUGUUUAACCCCACCAAGCUGCUCAUCAACCCCCGGAGCGUGGAGCAGACUUCAGUACACACCACGCUGAAGCAGUUCGGACUCGUCUUUAACGUCCCGUUCGAUGUAUGCCGCAUCAUCCAUGUCAGGGUGCCACUGCAAGGAAAACUCUCCAAAGACCAGCUGUUUGUCGAUAAAAAACUCUGGGAAUUUGAGGAACUUUUGAUUCCCAGUAUCGAUCGCGCACUGAAUGAAUCAGGUGUAUUGUGAAAUACCGAUGCUUCCUACGGUGACAUAGCCGUUUGGUAACGCUGCAUUUAUUCUAUUUUGCUUCACAUGCCGCAAAAAAACAAACAAGCCUAAAAAAAAAAAAAACUUUGUAACAGUAGCGAAGCGUGACCAAUUUAAUUGAGGAGGCCCAACACAUUAUUUUCAUUUUACAGGUACACAACGUUAAGCAUUACAGUGCUACACUUUUGCUACAGUGAUACAAAAAGUCUAAUCACUUUGCACCACAAUAAUUAGGUGUUUAUAAUACUGUCAGUUUCAUUGUCCCAAUCAAAUCAUCACUUAUUAUAAAACAAUGAAAAUGUGUUUCAAAGAUCAAACUAAGAAUGAAAUAAUCCAGGUGACAAAUGUCUUGCAUUCAUUGCAUGCUGUGUUGGAUUGAGGCUAUCAAAACUAUAUAUGAUUGGACAAAUGGGCUGCCUUCAGGCACUGUAAGUAGGCCUACAACGCAAGCAACGCAAAUCUCCUCAUAACACAGUAGUCGAAGUAAAAAUCUCAAAAUGUUUGUCAAACAUUUGAUAAUUGGUAUUAAACACACACAUAUACAGCUCCUGCCCAACUUACUUGUACAACAGUAGCAUUCUCCUCUUUUUUAAUAAGGCAAAACACUCUAUGACUAUCUGGCAUUUACAAACUCAAUGAAAUUACCCCAAGAGCAGAAUCUUCAUGCCCACCAAAUGCCACUUCUUGCCCUCCCAUGUGCAACACCACACUGUAUUAGCCUCUUCAUUAUCUCGUGGUUUUUACCUGGCUACAGUGCUUUUGGACGCUUAUGGCAACUGCUUGAUCGGCCAAUCCUUACUUUGCCGAAUAGCCUUAAUUUAAGACUAAAUGUAAAGUGGGACUGUGAUAUAUCGUGUCUUAUCAAUUGCUCUGACCAAAUUAGAUACAUCUGCAAACCCUGUGGUAACCCACAGAUUUCUGGCAGCAGUUAACCAAGCAGUCAAUCUCUAGCUGUUGCUCAAAUGGCAACCUAACAAAAUCGUUUUGCAACAACAAAUCCAAGUGGACAUCCAUUGCUUACCACAACAAUGAUCUCUGACCAACUACUCACUCUCUGGUUGUUAUUCAGUUCAUUAGCUCACGUUAGACAGCCACUGUUUUCUAUUCUGAUUGGUGAGAAGACAGCAACCAGGUUGAAUGACAAAGCUCAUUAUUUAGGAGAUAAGAGGUGUUAAAUGCUUAACUACUACUUAACUCUGUUAAUGUCCUUUCCAGUAUGUGCAGUAUAAAUUGAAUGUCACUGAUAAAGCUACACUCUGUGGUCACCUUAUGUGCUGCGGUUCUGCUUCAGGCCUUUCCUGAUUAACAGGGAGUUUUUCCUUGCCCCUGUCGCCAUUGUGCUUGCUCUAAGGGGGUACAAGCCCAGGGCUCUGUGAAGCACCUUGAGACGAUUUCAUUGUUUUGAUGCUAUAUAAAUAAUAUUGAAUUGAAA